GGAUGGUGCGUUCCACGUUGGAACGCACUCGUGGACCACACCGGACGUGUCACAUGACACGGAAACUUCCGGUUCCUGCCAAGGAAGGAGCGUGAUACGGACACCUGGAGCCUUUCUAUGACAUGAUACUUGUGUGUGGGAGAUAAGUGCUGAGUUCUGGGCUCCCGAGGAAAGAGUCCCCGAAACGUUGAGAGGUGUUUGUCCUUGUGGAGCGUCGCCCUUAUUGGAUGAAGUGUCUGCCUUAUGUCUGGAGUAGGACUCCUCUAUUAGGACAGGACAUCUCUGGACUGAGGGGGUGGAUUCAAAAUGAAGGUACACUUGCACACGAAAUUUUGCUUUUUUUGCUUGUUAACUUUUAUUUUUCCUCACUGCAACCACUGCCACGGGUACGUGCACGACCACACCUCCGAAGAAAGCCACACUCACAGUCACAACGACUACCAGAUGUCACAGGAGCCCUACCUGCAGACUCGAGACUCCGAGCCGUCCACGAGCAAGUCUCCAUCGUCCGAAGCCGAGCACGAGCAAAAGUACUUUAUCGAAAAAUUAUUCCAUCGCUAUGGGGAGAACGGAAGAUUGUCGUACUACGGGCUGGAAAGACUUUUAUCUAGUUUGGGUCUGGGGAAGUUGAAAGAGAUUAAAUGGGCCACGAGGACACUGACCACGAUCCAGUUUCACAUUUGGAUUUGGAUCAUGUAGAUUCCCACCCCCAUGAUAAAAAUGAAUCAAAAACUGCCAAGGAGUGUAAAGACAAAAAGGCGACGAAAGCCAUCCACAAAAAUCACCCGCACCACCACGUUCAUAAUGCCACAUACCAUUCUCACAACAGUAGCCACCAUAAUCACACGGCCAGCCACGUGUCGCUCGACGGAAAGACAGACGAAGCCUUGAACGGUACAAAUACGACCCUGGAGCAAAACAAAAAGAAAACGCGCAAGCAUAAAGAGAGGCGGAAAGGGGCAAAAACCAGCGAGGUGACCGUAGACUCUCAGUUAGAUUUUGAACAUGCUCAGGAUGAGAACAAGCUUGGGUACAACCCCGACCAUAACCACGCUGAAUCGCUUCGAUCCAACGUGGACGCUGAUAAUCUCGAAUCUGAAGAACACAAGCAGGGCUCUGAAUAUCUUCAGAGAAACACCCGGAAAAGAGAGGCUCCCAAUCAUCACACUACUAUAAAAACCCACACGAGAAGUCACACCCCACAUGACGAUAAAGUGCAUGAACAUGAUGAGGUAAGUGCAGGACAAUGCUUCUGGAUGCUACCCUGA